AUGGCGACUUUACUUCCUCGUUCUUUAUAUUUAGCAGAAACAAUUUUUCUAAAAAAUGGAUCCAAGUUAUUGGCAGUGUCUGCAGGAAAUAAAAUUCCAAGCAAACAGCAAGUACGAAAUCUGAAUGUACAUGAAUAUGUCAGUUAUACAUUACUUCGCGAUAAUGGUAUUCCAGUCCCAAAAUUCAACAUUGCCAAGACAAAGGACGAGGCAGUCAAGUAUGCCCAGGAACUUAAUACCAAAGACAUUGUAUUAAAGGCCCAGGUUCUUGCUGGUGGUAGAGGCAGGGGUGCCUUUAAAAAUGGCUUGAAAGGAGGUGUAAGAAUGGUUAAUACACCUGAAGCAGCUGGAGACAUUGUGGGUAAAAUGUUAAAGCAAUACUUGGUAACAAAGCAGACUGGGGCUGCAGGACGUAUUUGCAACAUGGUGAUGGUUACAGAGAGGAAAUUCCCCCGUAAAGAAUAUUAUGUUGCCAUUAUGAUGGAAAGAAGUUUUAAUGGUCCAGUAAUCAUUGCAUCAUCUCAAGGUGGGGUGAAUAUUGAGGAUGUUGCAGCAGAGAAUCCAGAUGCUAUCACAUAUGAACCGAUCGACAUUAAAACUGGUAUAACUGAUGACCAAGUUACACGUGUUGUAGAAAAGAUUGGACUAAAAGAACACUCGGCCGACGCAUCAGACAUGAUAAAGAAGAUGUAUGACCUUUUCCUCAAGAAAGAUGCGCUAUUGAUCGAAGUCAAUCCUUACGCUGAAGAUGCUAUAACAGGAAAAUUCUUCUGCCUGGAUGCCAAAUUCCGUUUUGACGACAAUGCCGAGUUUAGACAGAAGGAACUAUUUCAAUUAAGAGAUACCACGCAAGAAGAUUCCAAGGAGAUCGAAGCUGCUAAAUUUGAUUUGAACUACAUUGCUCUUGAUGGUAACAUCGGAUGCAUGGUAAACGGAGCCGGGUUGGCCAUGGCUACUAUGGACAUUAUCAAGCUGUAUGGUGGUGACCCAGCUAACUUCCUCGACGUUGGUGGUGGAGCUACUGCCCAGGCUGUCUCUGAAGCGUUCAGGAUCAUCCUGUCGGACCCGAAGGUGUCUGCUAUCCUGGUCAACAUCUUCGGAGGUAUCAUGCGGUGUGACGUCAUCGCGGAGGGUAUCAUCAAUGCCGCUAAGAACCUCGACAUUCAGAUCCCAGUCAUUGUACGCUUACAGGGUACCAAAGUGAAUGAGGCUCGCAAACUGAUCGCCGAUUCGGGUCUGCGGAUCGUGCCACGAGACGACCUCGACGAGGCGGCGCAGCUGGUGGUGCAGCUGUCGGAGAUUGUGGCGCUCGCUAAGAAAGCCGGUGUUGAGGUCAAGCUCAAUAUUCCCAAGAUGAUGCAAGAGAAGUAG